AUGUCGGCCGUCAAGAACCUCCGGGCCAUGUUCGAGCAAAAGGCCGACACGAGUCCCCCUGAUCGCGGAAGGUCUCCCGGUCUCUCCUCCAACGGCACCGAGACCCCUCCUCCUCCCGCCCGUCCCCUCUCCAAAAUCCGAACCAGCUUCGUUGCCAUUGAAAAGGACGGAAGAAUAGGUCUUCGCCGCGAUCCCAGCAACGAGUCGAGCCGCAGCUUGACCCGGCGGCUAAGCGGCCAUACCGAGGGCGAGGCAUCCGUGUCUGGCCUCUCGGAUAAGACCGUGGCCACCGAGGACACCUCUGGUGGCUACAAGACCAACAUUGUUGGCAGUCCCAUCCCAGAAUCCCCUCGCCGUUCGGACACGGACAAGCUCCCAAAUGGUUUUACACCUCGAGACUUGGGGGCCUUGACCGACCACCCAAGCCACAACCCCGAUAAGCAUGUCGAUGUAGAGACACCUACGCCAGAGCUUCUGCCCGGCGACCCGACACAGAAGUCUCCCGAAACCACCGCUACCAACGGCACUGCCCCGGCAAAGGCCCCAAAGACCGGAGCCACCAAAGACUCUACAAAGACUGCCAAGAAGGUCCCCGCCAAGUUGGCACCUCCCGCUACUAUCACGAGAGCAAAGACGCCCACGAGGUCUCCGAUUACUGCAAAGACGCCCACAACGGGAACUGCGGGCUCCAAGCUAAGUGCUCCCAAGCCCCAGCACGACACUUCCAAGAAGACGCCCGAGAAGACGGCGACAGCCACACCAAAGUCUGGUGCAAAGCCCGCUGGAUCCAACAAGAAGCCUACCCCGAUUCAGACUUCUCCCGGCGGCACGGGCUUUGUUAAGCCCAAGGUCAAGUCGCCCACAAAGCCCGUGAAGCUGCCUGCUUCCCUCAUGGCCCCGACUGCUGCGUCUGUCUCCAAGGUCAGGGAGACUCCCCGUGAGACCCUUUCACGCGCCUCUGGCAACCAGGGCCGCCCCGCUAGCAGAGCCAGCGCGACUGGUGCUGCAGGCCCCCACAAGACCCUGAGGCGUCAGAACUCGGUCAUCAACCGCGCCAGGCCCAGCAUCGGCCCGCCCCCGAAGAAGCCUCUUCAGGAUCACCCCAUCACCAAGAAGGACAAGGAGAUUGAUGAGAGCUUCUUGGCACGCAUGAUGCGCCCCACGGCGAGCUCCAGCUCCAAGCUGACGGAGAAGGCCCCCGUCACUCCUCCGAGAAGCCGGAGCGCGAGACCCAGCAGUGGCAAGAAGGCUUCUGCUUCAAGAAGCCCCAAGAGAGCCCUCUCUAGACCCGCAGCGUCUCGGACUGGAAGCCCCUUCACAACGAAGGAGGCUCCGAUCAAGCGGGCCGCGCCCGAGACCCCCAAGGCCGAGACGGCUGAGGCCCCUAGGACCCCUGAGGCCAAGGUUCCUGUCACGCCGGAGCCCAUCAUUGAGGAGGCCGUUGCCGAAACUAGCCCCGCAAAGGAGGCUGAGGUCGAGGCCCCCGUCGAGGAGCUUGUAGUCGUCGCCGAAGAGCGCGCCGAGGACCCCGAGCUGGACACCCUUGCUCAGCAGACUGUCGAGCUCUCGCUCAAGGAGGAAGAGGCUGAGGAUCAAGAGCUUAAGAGCCCUGAUGAAUUCGAAGAGCUCCUGGCGGACGAGAAGGACACCGCAGAGGAGAAGCCGGAGGCAGUCCCCGCUUCCAGCGAUGCGACCACAGAAGUCAAGACUGAAACCGCAUGA